AUGAGUGAAGAGGAAAGAAGGGAACCGGGACUGAAUCCUGGAAAAUCUCAUAAAAUAAGUCCAAUCGCUAUAGCCAACGAGAAGACGGAUGAAGAGUUCAUCAGAGAUUAUAUAAAGCCAAGCCAAGAAUGGACAACAUGGACGCACCCACUCACAGAGAAAAGCUACUCGCUAGACUUUCUAUCGUCUCACGACCUUACCAAAGAUGACUUCCGGACCUGCUUUGGCAUCAUCGAGACGACAAGCGGCGCGGAUUAUAAGAAUUCGUCUGUGGGAUGGCAUCCCGGUAUGAAGAAGAAAGAGAUGAAGUCGCCGGAUCUGCGGUACAUACUUGUCAAGGACGACGGCGGCGCGGUCAAGGGCUUUACGUCGCUGAUGCCUACGUUUGAGAACCAUGAGCCUGUAUUAUACUGCUAUGAAGUGCACUUGCUUCCCGAGCUCCAAGGGCAAGUUCCCUCUCUUCUUUCCAUUCAACUAUCCGGCCUCGGCAAGCAUCUCAUGAACCAACUCAUCACCAUCGCAGAAAACAUCCCAUCGACCAAGAAAGUGAUGCUCACGUGCUUCACGAGCAACCUCAACGGCCUCAAAUUCUACGAAAAACUCGGCUUCACUAAAGAUGACUUUUCUCCUAGGGAUCGGACACUAAGGGGUGGGAAAGUGGUGCGACCAGACUAUGUGAUUUUAAGUCGCGGGACUGCACAUGGAGGCUUGGAUGGGGAGCUGGAUGAUGAAUUAAAGGGCAUGAACUAG